GCUGGCUGACGUGACGUGUGACGUGGAGGAAAACAUUUCAUUUUGUUCCACUGGUGGCAGAACGAUCGCUCUGUUUUUUUUUUAUGCAUGUUUCUGUUGGAAUCUGCGUGCGUAUACGUUACCCUCGGCUUUAACUUAAUCGCGGUCCGAACUUAGUUCACUUUGCCACCUGUAACAUCUCGCUUUAUAACCUUGCCAGUGUAAAAAUGACGAAGGGCUCCUUAAAAAGUAAGGUAGACGGUGACACACUUGACCUGAGUCUCAGUGAACUUUCAGAGCCUCCGGUGAAAGAGCUGGCGGAGAUACCGAAAGCUGUCAAACUUGAUCUCUCUUGCAAUAAAAUUGCCGUUUUGCCUGACCCGUUUUGCACGUUAACCCACUUGGUCGAACUGGACUUGAGCAAAAACUUGCUGCGUGAAUUGCCUCAGAACUUCGGCCGACUCAACAACCUGCAAAAGCUGGACCUGUAUGCCAACAGCUUGACUGUGCUUCCCUUGAGCAUGUGUAGGAUGAAACAGUUGAAAUGGUUGGACCUUAAAGAUAACCCACUACAACCAAGACUCCGUGCCGUAGCAGGGGACUGCUUAGAUGCCAAACAGUGCCAGACGUGUGCCAAAAAGGUUGUUACACAUCUUCAAACUCUCGCGUCGGAAGAAGAACGGGAGAAACAGAAACGUCUGAAGGAACAGAGAGAACUGGAAGCCAAACAGAAGGCCCAGGCUGAAAAAGAGGCCGAACGACUGCGUCUGGAGAAAAAGGCUGAGAAAGAGAAGAAGAAAGCAGAAAACAAAUUGAAGAGGGAGCAGCAGUUCAGAGAGAAAGAAGCAAAGCAGAAAAACGUCGAAGGUGCUCGGUCGCAAGGUACAGAAGUAAAAAAGAAUGGCAAGGCACGGCAAGUAUCAUCCAAACCACAAAAGGGUUACUGCUCUUCGCUUCUGAGGCUAGUGCUGUCGUUGGUUCUGUCCCUCACUUUCUCGCUACUCUUUGUGGCACUGUCGCUCGGCUGUGCGAUGGUUAUAUUCUCCUUCUACACAAACAAGAGGCCACUGACUCGGGAACAACUAGAAAUCGUCCUGGACGAAGUUUGGCACGUGAUCAGACGAAACGGCCUCAUGGCAUACGAAUUAGCUUCGAACCGUUUGCACGAAUGGUCGGACAUCGUCGUUGAAUGGAUUAAGGCCAAGAACUGGGUUCAGCUGAAGACGUGAAAGCUACGGCAUCACCCUUUUUUUAAUCGUGCAUUCUCCUUCCACGAAGGCAUUUUCUGUACCAGGUCCCAGGUCCUGCAUGGUGUAAGAAUGGUAUCAUGGGUAAAAUGAAGUACUUUUCGUAUUG